GCGCAGAUGACUUCACAUCAACCGUGAGUUCCACUGACUGAUAAAACUAGCUGUGGGCUGCGCGCGGUUAAGCGUGUGUGCGAGACGUCCGCUGGAAUUACCGCAGUUAGUGGUAUAUGCCUGCCGGUGAGACACGUUUAAAUGUCUUAGCAUCUUGUUGGAGUUGGAUAAGAGAUGACGGGUCCCUAGCGACGCAUAAGGUGGCCUGAAUCUCAACCAAAGGAAUAACAACUGAAGACAAGAUCCGAAGUUGGCAUGAAGUAGUGCGCUUCGAACGCAUUCAAACUAAGGAGAUUUAUAUCCAGGAUUAUUGCUCAAAGUCUCCAAAAUAUCUUCCUUAUGACUAUAUCUUAAAUACAAGAUCCAACUGAUUGAGUUUAAGUGUUUUUGAAGACAGUUUGAGACAUGAUGAAUUCCAGGCGCACGUUGUUUUUUACUGUCUAUGGUUGGGAGUCAAUGGUGCUGUCCAGCGUCCUGCUUCUGCACAUCAUUCCUUUGUGUGCUAAUGGCAGUUCAUUUAUCUCCAAUUCUACUGGCACUAACUCCUCAGACUUGAAUGGGGUGGGGCUUAAGCCUGCACUUCCUGGUGAGGCCACACCUAUUGCCCAGGCCCACGUUCACUCUCGGAAACCACGAGCUGGAGAGGAGUCAGGCAGUGGUGGAGAAACCUCAACCAGUGCUGCGAUGGACAUCAGUGUUAACUCAGCUGAAAGGGAACACCUCAUUGAUCUGCCAAUAGAUGGCAUAGCUGCCCGGCUGCCCACUCUGGCUGAACCCCGGACACUUGGCCUGUCCCAGCUAGACCUUAGCGAGGAGGGAAUUGAGGACAGCGGCCCUCGCUGGAAGAGCGAGAAACUACAAGCAGAUGGGACGUUGUUUGAGGUCACGAUUCCUCCUACAGAGUUUACUGAUUCCCAAGUAAAAGAAGUCAUCACGGUGAAUUUUUACAACCCUUCUCAUGAACAGCACAUUGUCCAUGAUCCUCCUGCUUGGUUUCAGGAGCUCCAGGGAGGAGAUGCAACCUCCUGGACACUUUCUGAUUUUUAUGAUUAUCUGUCACCUGAAUAUUCUCCUACCGAAGUUUACCUAGAGGAGAGCCAACCAACGCCACCUAACAUGGAAGAUGAAAACGUUCCUCUCGUUGCCAGCAACACCAGAGUUUUUACCCCUGAUGAUAGUGGAUCUGGAGAAACUUCACCUGGAGUAUCAGUCGUGCUUAACAACUCUGGUUGUCUUCUUGGAUUUGUGCGUAUCAAUAACACAUGUGUCUCACCGUGCGACAUCUUCACCAGUUACUGCUUCAAUGGGGGACAGUGUUAUGUGGUUGAGGGUAUUGGUGCCUUUUGCCGGUGUAACAUUCAGGAGUAUAUAUGGAACAAGGGUUCCAGGUGUGAGUCGGUUAUUUCAGACUUCCAAGUGAUGUGUAUAGCAGUGGGUGGGGCUGCCAUCAUGUUGCUCCUCCUCUUCAUGGUUAUAGUCUUUUUCUCCAAGAGGCUGCACGUGCUUAAGACUGAAAACCGACGUCUUCGCAAGCAUGGUAAAUGCCGUCCAAAGUCGGAGCAGCACAUCGAUAACUUCUCGCUGUCCACCGUCGCAGAGGGCUCUCAGGCAAAUGUAAGGAAACUGUGUGACACCCCGACUAACCUCCCCCAUGCCCGUGCUUUGGCUUACUAUGAUAACAUUAUGUGUCAGAAAACCAUGAGCAGAUACACGUGGGAAUAUAAACCCAAUGAGGAUCCCUGCAGUGAGGAUGACGCUUGCAAAGAAGAGCCAUGCAAAUGUCCCCCUAAAGAGGACGAGCCUUUGAACAACCAGAACUCACUCAUGCCAAAACUCGAAAACGACAAGGCCGCCACAGAAGACAAUGCAGAGGAGGGUGGUGUGACCAUCGACUUAGAGUUGCUUCUUCCCAAAGAGGCGAAAAUGCUCCCAGAGACAAGCCCCCCGCUUCACUACAACGUCUUCCUCUACAAGCACCCUAAAUCCCCUAAAAAGUCCCCCGUGUUGCGCCGGCCUCCUGGCAAAUCUGUACAGGGGAGGCCUCUGUCUCAGCUCUGCUCCAGACGCAGCUCCGAACCAGGCUACAGCCCCAUUAGCACACGUUCCUUACCGGGAGUGCUCUCCGGGUCAUCCAGCCCUUACCUGGGCACGGCCUACACACCUUAAUACAAGUGGAAGCCUUCAACACUGUCUGAUGUACAACAACUUGAACAAAAGAAAUGAAAAAUUAUACUUCACAUAUGCGACUUGACCGUUAUGAAUUAUGAGACAUUGAUUGUUAACAAGUGAGUGUUUUGGAUGAACAAGACAUGAAUUCGGACACAAUUUAAUAGCAUUGACCUUGACUCUUAUUUGAAACAAAACUGCACAGCAGCACAAUGAAGAUUACUAGACCUGUGCAACAGGAAUAUAAAGGGAAAAUAAGAAUUUGAAAAACUGUUAAUUUGGUAUUACAGUCACAAAUGUGGAUUUCAGAUGUGUUUUGGUGCCAUGUUGUAUUUUGUCAAACAGCACAUUCAUAUUCACACACAUGCAUUGACAGAAAUGAUGGAACCUGUAAACAUUCAGGGUAUACAAACAAAAUUGAUUAUUAUUAACAAGGUGCUUUUUGUGUGUUUUUAAUGUUAGAUUAAUACUUUCACUGAGAAUAAAGAGUUUUAGAAUUGUU